UGUUAUUGGCUGACGGAAGGGCUGGAACGAAUCUGAUUGGUUUCGAGUUACGUCUGUUUAGAACCGGCAAUUCAAGUGGAACGUGAGACUUCUUAAUAUUUGUCCAAGCACCGGAGAAAAGGGCAGGGUUUAUUUAUACUGACCUACGAGUCAUCGAGGAAUAGAGUGAGGACUGCAGCGAGACAAGAUCAGUGGACUGGGACAUAUCUGCGCUCUGUGUGUAACUGGAGACAUCUGUACGCAGUUCCCUUCUACAGUAAACACAGCUGUUGUGUUACUCGCUUACCUUUCACCAGCGUUUCCCGCCUCCAGGUGCGCCCGCCCUCUAUUUAACCAAUCAGGGCGCUGCGGCGUUUUGCCGGGAAAACGGAACUCGGCUCGCUAGAACGAGCUGAAGUGGCGCGAGGCUGCGUCCCGUCAGAGUGUCUCCUGAACAGGAAUGGAUGCUAAGAGACGCAUGGGUGGGCCCAUGCUGGGCGGAGCCUCACAGGCUAAGAGGGGCAAACCGGGUACAGAGUGGGAGGACAGCCCCUCCCAGUUUGAGGAGGAGCUGGCCCAGUUUGAUGAUGUGGACAUGGAGAUGGAGUCAGGCGAGGGGCAGGCGGGCCAUGACGUCAUCCCAGUGCGUGAGCUCUUCUCUGCUGCUCUGAACCCUCGUUGGCGACGCCCUGCUGCUCCUCCCCUCCUGCCUCACACAGACACUCUGGUCUUCCAGCAGAUAGACCUGGACUACUACCUGGGUUCUGCAGUAGCUGGUAUGCCUGGUCAGGUGGAGGGGAAGGUUCCUGUUAUUCGUAUGUUUGGAGUGACGGACUCUGGGAACAGCGUCUGCUGUCAUGUCCACGGAUUUGCACCGUACUUCUAUGUUCCGGCCCCAGUGGACUUCACUAGUUCUCACCUGAGUGAGUUUCAGAAGGAGUUGAACUCUGCUGUUUUGAAGGACAUGCGCUCCAACAAAGACAACAUAUCCGUCACCGUGCUGGCUGUGGACCUCACUCGUAAAGAGAGCAUGUACGGUUACCAUGGCAACCGACUUGUGGACUUCCUGCGUAUCACCAUGGCGAUGCCCCGUCUGGUGGCUCCCGCUAAACGUAUCCUGGAGCAGGGCUUUAAGUUUGAUAAUUUCACCACGCAGGGCUACCCUGCCUACGAGGCUAACAUUGACUUUGAAAUCAGGUUCAUGGUAGACAGCGGUAUGGUGGGCUGUUGCUGGGUUGAGCUGCCUAAGGGGAAGUACAGCCUGAGGGAGGAGAGGAGUGGGACCAGUGACCUCUGCUGCCCAGGCAAGGUGUCUCUGUGUCAGUAUGAAGUGGAUGUGGGGUGGACAGAUCUGAUCAGUCACCCAGCAGAAGGAGACUGGCAGAGAAUCUCCCCUCUCAGGGUCCUCAGCUUCGACAUAGAGUGUGCUGGCAGGAAAGGUGUGUUUCCGGAGGCGGAGGUGGACCCGGUGAUCCAGAUUGCGUCUAUGGUGCAGUGUCAGGGUGAGAAGGAGCCAUUUGUGCGCACCGUCUUCACCCUGCAGUCCUGCGCCAGCAUCGUGGGCUCACAGAUCCUCUGCUUCUCUCAGGAGACCAUGCUGCUACAGAGUUGGGCAGAGUUUGUGAGGACGGUGGAUCCUGAUAUCAUUACAGGAUAUAAUAUUCAGAACUUCGACCUCCCAUACCUACUCAACAGAGCAGCUACUUUAAAGGUGAACUUGUUUCCCUACCUGGGUCGUGUGAGGGGGAUUAAGUCUGUACUGAAGGAUUCCACCUUCCAGAGUAAACAGGUUGGCCGUCGGGAGAGCAAAACUGUCAACAUGGAGGGCAGAGUGCAGUUUGACCUUUUGCAGGUACUGUUGCGGGACUAUAAGCUGCGCUCUUACACUCUCAACGCUGUCAGCUUCCACUUCCUGCAGGAGCAGAAGGAAGACGUUCAACACUCCAUCAUCACCGACCUGCAGAAUGGGAAUGACCAGACGCGCAGGCGUCUGGCGGUGUACUGUUUGAAGGACGCCUACCUGCCCCUGCGUCUGCUGCAGAAGCUGAUGUGUGUGAUUAAUUACAUGGAGAUGGCCCGAGUUACAGGUGUGCCACUCACGUACCUGCUGUCUCGCGGCCAACAGAUCAAAGUGGUGUCACAGCUGCUGAGACAGGCUAUGAAGCAGAAAUUGGUGAUGCCUGUAGUAAAGAGUGAUGGAGGAGAGGACUACGUUGGAGCCACCGUCAUAGAGCCUGUGAAAGGGUACUACAGCGUUCCCAUAGCGACGCUGGAUUUCUCAUCGCUGUACCCAUCCAUUAUGAUGGCCCAUAACUUGUGUUACACUAGUCUACUGCAGAAAGGCCAGGCAGAGAAACUGGGUCUCUCUGCAGACGAGUUCAUCAAAACUCCUACUGGAGAUUUGUUUGUUAAAGCGUCUGUGAGGAAAGGCCUCCUACCAGAGAUCCUGGAGAACCUGCUUAGUGCCAGGAAGAGAGCAAAGGCUGACCUGAAGAUGGAAACGGACCCGUUUAAGAAGCAGGUUCUAGACGGGAGGCAGCUGGCGCUGAAGAUCAGCGCCAACUCAGUGUACGGCUUCACCGGGGCACAGGUGGGCAAGCUGCCCUGUCUGGAGAUCUCACAGAGUGUGACAGGCUUUGGCAGACAGAUGAUCGAACAGACGAAGCAGCUUGUUGAAUCCCAGUACACCAUCGCUAAUGGUUACCAGGCUGACGCCAAGGUCAUCUAUGGAGACACAGACUCUGUGAUGGUCAAACUGGGAGUCACCAGUGUUGAGGAAGCAAUGAAACUGGGCACGGAAGCGGCACAAUGGGUGUCUUCCCACUUUGUGAUGCCGAUCAAACUGGAGUUUGAGAAAGUGUACUACCCGUACCUGCUGAUCAAUAAGAAGAGGUACGCAGGGCUGUAUUUCUCUUCUAGCACACAGCACCACGACAAGAUGGACUGUAAGGGCAUCGAGACUGUCAGACGAGACAACUGCCCUCUAGUGGCCAACCUCAUCAACACAUGCCUGCAGAAGAUUCUCAUAGACAGAGACCCUGGCGAUGCUGUGGGCCACGCUAAAGAAGUGAUCUCAGACCUGCUGUGUAAUCGCAUUGACAUCAGCCAGUUGGUGAUCACUAAGGAACUGACGCGCUCGGCCCAGGAGUACACGGGCAAGCAGGCCCACGUGGAGCUCGCUGAGAGAAUGCGUAAGCGAGAUGCAGGCAGUGCUCCUAAUCUUGGCGAUCGUGUGCCGUACGUAAUCAUCAAGGCAGCCAAAGGAGUGGCAGCAUACAUGAAGUCAGAGGACCCCAUCUAUGUUCUGGAGAACAACAUCCCUAUAGACACCCAGUACUACCUGGAACAGCAGCUGUCCAAACCUCUCCUGCGCAUCUUUGAGCCCAUUCUGGGAGAAACGAAGGCUGAGUGUGUGUUACUCAAGGGCGAUCACACGCGUUGUAAGACCGUUCUGACCUCCAGGGUGGGAGGCCUCAUGGCGUUCGCCCAGAAGCGCAGCACGUGUAUCGGCUGCAGGGCUGUUCUCAGAACAGAUGCUGCUGUGUGUGACUUCUGUAAGAAGAAGGAGUCAGAGCUCUAUCAGAAGGAGAUUGCUCAUCUAUCAGCUCUGGAGGAGAAAUUCUCUCGCCUGUGGACUCAGUGUCAAAGGUGUCAGGGGUCCCUACAUGAAGACGUGCUUUGUACGAGUCGCGAUUGCCCCAUCUUCUACAUGCGCAAGAAGGUCCAGAAGGACUUAGAUGACCAGGAGAAGCUUAUCUCUCGUUUCGGCUGGUGAGAGCAGCGAAAAUGUUUGGUUUUCUCUUGCAUUUGUAAACACACACAUUCUUGUUUUUAAAAAAAAAUAAUUUUCAC